CUGGCACACCGAGCUACCCAGCUAUCCCCGACUUGCGACUGGGAUCCCCCCCCAGCACCUCACAGAGGAUAAAUCUACCUGCAUAACGCAGGCAGCCUCUCCCUGACGGCCUUAUCAAUCAAGCCCUUAACAUAAAGACCGGUGCAUCCGCAAUGGUGUCGACGACAACCGAGAAGCAUAUCGAGCCGUCGGAGUCCUCGCACAGCCAGGACGUCGAGGCUGGACUUCCUGAGAAGACUAAGGGGUUCUCCGUCGCAGAGACGAUCGAGCCCGGUAUCGGCGCGCCGGAGUACGUUCCCGAAUGGCGUCGUCGCAUCCUCGCGUUCGAGCGCAAGGUCGGCAUCGAGGCACAGGGCGCCAGCCGUGUGCUGCCUGAAGCGAGGGAUUACAAGGCCAAGGCAUGGCAAACCGCCGAGGUAUGGUUGAGUGCCAACACGGUGCUGCCGACUUUCGGUGUGGGCAUUCUUGGGCCCGCCAUCUUCGGGUUGGGACUCGGCGACUCGCUGAUUUGUACCUUCUUCUUCAACAUCAUCGUCGCCGCGAUCCCUGCGUACUUCUCCAUCUUCGGCGUGAAAACCGGCCUCCGCCAGAUGAUUGUCACUCGAUACAUGUGGGGUUGGUGGGGCACGAAACUUGUCGCCCUGCUCAACUUGAUUGCUUGCGUUGGUUGGUCGACCAUCAACUGCAUCGCCGGUGCGCAGACGUUGCGUGUUGUCGCGGACCUGAAUAUCAGCCAUGCCGUCGGAAUUGUGAUUAUCGCUGUCGUCACCCUGCUCUUGGGCUUGAUCGGCUACCGGUAUAUCCACUACUUCGACCGAUUCGCCUGGAUGCCCGUGUUCAUCGUGUUCAUCAUCAUGCUCGGUAUGACUGCCCACGACUACGUCAACACUCCAUUCGCUACCGGAAUCACCGAGACGGCCGGCGUUCUCUCCUUCGCCUCCACCAUCUGGGGCUUUGGUCUUGGCUGGGCAUCCCUCGCGUCAGACUACGUCGUCUACUUCCCUGAGGAGACCCCCUCGAUCCAGGUCUUCUUGUGGACAUAUGUCGGCCUCCUCGUGCCUCUUGUAUUCGUCAUGUCUCUCGGUGCCGCCGUCAUGUGCGCGGCGCUCGCCCACGAGUCUUGGUUGGCACAGUAUGACGCGGAAGAGCUCGGUGGUCUCCUCGGCGCCGCGCUAGGCUUAGGCGGCUGGCCCAAGUUCCUCAUGGUCAUCCUCGUGCUCUCCGUCGUCGCGAACAACAUCAUCAACGUCUACUCCUUCGGCUUCUCCUUCGCCGCCAUCUCGCCCAAGUUCACCUACCUCCCUCAGUUUGUGUACCCAGUGCUCAUCACCGCCAUCUACAUCCCGAUCUCCAUCGUCGGCGCCACGUCCUUCGUAACCUCCCUCGAGUCCUUCAUGGACGUCCUCGGCGCCUGGCUCUCCAUCUACGCUACUGUCUUCCUCGCGGAGCACAUCGUCUUCCGCAAGGCAAAUUUCAAGAACUACGACCUCACCGCGUACAACGACGCGUCCCGGCUGCCCAUUGGUCUCGCCGCGUUCGCUUCCGGGUGCUGCGGUGCCGUCGGCGCUAUCACCGGCUUGGCGCAGGUGUGGUGGGUUGGCCCGAUCGCAAAAACCAUGGGACCGUUCGGUGGUGACGUCAGCUGGCUGCUGUGUAUCCUCUUCACGCUUGUGCCUUUCCUGCCCUUGCGCUACCUCGAACUCAAGUAUGUUGGCCGAUGAACAAGGGGGCUUUGCUUGGCCCCAAAAUCUGCUUGUAUCACGCCGUCGCUCUACAGCUACGGCCUCUUGUUUACAUGUUGUAAUGUGUGUUUCUUGGGAGUGCGGGUAAUAGUAAUUGACAGUAGAUUCCACCGUGUAAAGAGUGCUAUCAGGACCUCCUUCUCUCUCU